AUCAAAAAUAAAAAUUGCUAGUAUUCUCCAAAUAAAAGAAAUUCUGUUGAGGGAUGAUGACACUCCAACCACAAGAGAGGUAUAAUGAUAAUUAUCCCUCAAUAUAUGUAUCUGAGUAUGCAAGCAAAGCUUCUCCUCUUUACCUUAUUUUAACCUUUUGUCACACACCUUUAACAUUUGCCACACCUCCUUUUUUGCUCAAACACUAUUCCAUUCUUUGCUUUUGCUUCAAAUCAACCCUCACUCCCCUUUUCUCUAAUCAUAAUUAGUCCCUUAAUUAAUUACAUUAUUAUGCAUCUUUUUGGUUUACUGUUUGGUCCGUUUGAUCAAAUCGUUUAGUUUAGGUCAGUCCAACUCUAAAUUAACACGCAGAUUUUGCGUGAAGUCGGUUUAACCGAGCAGAAUCAUAUCACUCUUCCUUUAACUAAUAGUUUAAUUUCUGAAGAAUCUGAGCAAUAAUAAUGGAGAUCAAUGUAAAUGAUCAUGUUGAUGGAGUAAUUGUAUCAAAGAUGGAACAAUAUGAAAUAUUGGAGCAAAUUGGUAGAGGAGCUUUUGGUACUGCAUAUCUUGUUCUUAAUAAAUUUGACACCAAGAAAAAAUAUGUAUUGAAGAAGAUCAAAUUAGCUAAACAGACUGAGAGAUUCAAGCGUACAGCGCACCAAGAGAUGAGCCUGAUUGCAAAGUUGAAUAACCCUUAUGUGGUGGAAUACAAGGAUGCAUGGGUUGAAAAGGAGAGUUAUGUGUGCAUUGUGACAAGCUAUUGUGAAGGAGGUGACAUGACUGAGAUGAUAAAGAAGUCAAGAGGAACAUAUUUUCCAGAGGAGAAACUCUGCAAAUGGCUAUCUCAACUCCUCUUAGCCUUGGAUUACCUUCAUUCCAACCGCGUUUUACACAGGGAUAUUAAGUGUUCCAACAUUUUUCUUACCAAGGAUCAUGAUAUAAGGCUAGGUGAUUUUGGCCUAGCAAAACUAUUAAGCAAAGAUGAUCUUGCAUUCUCGAUGGUAGGCAGUCCAAACUACAUGUGUCCUGAACUUCUUGCAGAAUUGCCCUAUGGUUACAAGUCUGAUAUAUGGUCCUUAGGCUGUUGCAUGUUUGAAAUAGCAGCACAUCAACCUGCAUUCAGGGCACCGGAUAUGGCCGCGCUAGUGAACAAGAUAAACCGGUCUACUAUCUCCCCACUACCAACUUCUUAUUCUCCUACUUUGAAACGUUUGAUCAAGACCAUGUUGAGGAAAAACCCAGAACACAGACCAACAGCUGCAGAGUUGUUAAGGAAUCCUCACUUACAACCAUACCUCACUCAAUGCCACACAUCUCCUGUAUACCUUGUAGGAACUAUGACUAAUAAGAACAAUAAUUAGAACAAGCUUAUCUGUAACAAUGUCGUGGCGUGACACCAAUCACUGCCCUAAAGUCGAAUUUGCCCCGCUAAGUACACGCGGACUCGUAGCAACCGACCCCCAGGGAUACACGACUCCAAUCCUUCGGUGUACGACGAAGAACUAGAUUGAGAACACCCUUAAGCAAUGCCCAGAACAACGGAGGUUUUGUGUUUUUAUUUCGGAGAAGAGGAGAAGAACUCAAUUUUCUGUGUCUUUUCUGUGGAAAAGGAUGAUGAAUUUAUAGAGAGUUUUUGGGAAACUGUAACAGCCAUAAACGGCUAGUGGAGCAGUUACUGGAGUAAUGGGGAACUCCAACAGUCAUAAAACGGCUAGUGGGGUUAAUGGAGCAGUUUCCAGAGUUAGUGGGUUGAUUAAGUCUCCCGACUUAAUCAAACUGCUCUUGACCAAAAAGAAUAACCCGGUCCACAAAACCCACCCCACGCCCGCGAACCGCCA